GCCCACAGGACUCCACGGCAGCAGGACCUGAGGCCAUGGAGGAACAGAAAGCCCAGAGCCAGGGUUAUGUGGAACCCUCAGCGCCUCCGCUUCCUCCCCCUUCUCCUCCACCACCAGGGCCACCUGAAUACCCAAGACCACGGCUUAUAUUCCACACUCAGCUGGCUCACGGGAGUCCCACGGGCCGCAUCCAUGGAUUCACCAAUGUAAAGGAGUUGUAUGCCAAGAUUGCAGAGGUUUUCAACAUUUCCCCGUCAGAGAUCCUCUUCUGCACCCUCAACUCUCAUAAAGUGGACAUGCAGAAGCUGCUGGGUGGACAGAUUGGACUGGAGGACUUCAUCUUCGCUCACGUGAGAGGAGAGACCAAAGAGGUGGAGGUCACCAAGACGGAGGACGCACUGGGCCUAACCAUCACAGACAACGGAGCUGGCUAUGCUUUCAUUAAGAGGAUAAAGGAAGGCAGCACCAUAGAUCGUCUCAAGACAGUAUGUGUUGGUGACCACAUCGAAGCUAUCAAUGACCAGAGCAUUGUGGGGUGUCGACACUAUGAGGUGGCUAAGAUGCUAAAAGAGCAACCCAGAGGCAUACCCUUCACUCUUCGCCUUGUGGGGCCCAAAAAAGCCUUUGACAUGAUUGGAAUGAGAACUAAAGCGCCAAAAUCUAACGAGGGGAAAAUGGUGAACGGGAAGGAGACACUGCGACUUCGCUCUAAGGGAGCUGCGACAGUUCAAGAAGUGCAGAAUGAGUUUGAAGAACGGGCUACCAAAAAAGUGGACGACCUGUUGGAGAGCUACAUGGGCAUCAGAGACUUGGAGCUCGCAACCACCAUUGUGGAAGCUGGGAAAGACAAGAAGAACCCUGAUGAUUUUGCAGAGGCGCUGGAUUCAGUUCUGGGAGAUUUUGCCUUCCCUGAUGUGUUUUUGUUUGAUGUAUGGGGCGCUAUUGGAGAUGUGAAAAAUGGAAGAAUUUAGACGUCAACUUUAAAGAUUAAACAUAGAAGUGUUGCAAUGUUGCCUUCCAAAUCUAAUCGCUUUCUUCACAAUCAUGGUGAGGU